CUGUCCGCGACAUAAGAAAAUCAAGAUGGCGCUCCUCUGUUUGCGGAUACCUUUGCGGUGGAUAUAAAUACGUUCUUAAAAGAAGAGUGUGUUUGGGGGGAAGUUCGCUGAGGAGAAGAUUAAAUCGUGUCGUACGUCGAGAGGCCGCCUGUACACGUUGUCGCCGAGUGGUUCACGUUAUUUUAAACGUCGAUCGAAAGAAAGAAAAAAAAAAAAAAAUCAUAAAAAGACGGAGGAGGAGAGAAGGCUAGGCAGGCGAAAAAGAAUCGUCAUCGAGAAUCGUCGUCCUUCCUCUCCUCUCCGUCGCCGUUUUUAUUGUCGUCGUCCUCGUCGUCGUCGUCGUCGUUGUUAUUGUUGUCGUUGUCGUUCUAGUUUUCGUCGUCGUCGUCGUCGUUGUUGUUGUUGUUAUCGUUGUCUACGUUGCUCGUAUUCGUUGAUCGUCGUCGUAAUAAUCACCUACAGCGCCGCCGGUGCUGCCGACAAUAUCGUCGCGGCACAUUGGGGAAGAGAGAUCGAAGGUGUGCGUUCACUGCAGCGGCCACCUGAGGAAUGUUGGCGGAUCGGCCUUUUCGAGUUGUUCGUCGUCAGAGAUUUGGGAACUAAUUGUUUAACGUUUAAAAUAAUUCGAAGGAAGGACGGAGGAGAGUAAGGAUAGAAAGUAAAACGUGCGCGUUAUCGGCGCUAUAGAUUGCGGUGGUUUGCCCUAUACUAGAACGUAUAGGGACGUUUUGAUAGUAAGAGAGAGAGAGAGAGAGAGAGAGAGAGAGAGAGAGAGAGAGAGAGGGAGAGAGAGAGAGAGAGAGAGUGUGUGUGAGUGAGAAAGAAUAAGCGACAGGGACGGGAGGAAGAGCAGAAACUCGAGUAAAGACAAAACGGAGACGAGUGAGGAAGACGAAGAGGGUGAGAAAGAGCGUGAGAGGAAAGACAGAGAGAGAGAGAGAGAGAGAGAGAGAGAGAGUAGAAGGUCGUGAAACGAACGAACAAGAGGGAGAUAUAGAAAAAAAGAGAGAGAACGUUCGGGGGAGGGGGACUCUAAGCGCGGAAGGUGCUCGUUCGCGGAUCUUCCGUGACGUAUGUGUGUCGCGGAGGGUUGCCUGAGAGGUCCGUCGCCGCGAAUCGUGUCGCCGCGAGUGCCGUCGUCGUCGCGGCGCGAGUGCCGUUCCCGGUUUCGUCGAUGCGCCGCUGCAGCCCGUUGUUGUACCUGCAUCACCACGAAACGGACGACGAGAAGCUCGGCUUCGUUCGCGGCAACAACAGGAGGAGAAGAAAUUAGUCCGCCGGCUCUGGCGGAGGUUCGUGUUCGCCGGCAGCGGUGGGGCAAGGAGGCGCCGGAAGCAGCCGCGAGUCCGGAAGCAUAGCGAAGAAGAUGGCCUUCAACGAGACAAGGAAAGACAUGCAUCGAGUAAGGACGACCAUAAGGAUAAGUUGGAUCAUAAUCAACAGCAAGAACAUCAACGAGUCCAAGAAUAUCGAGGGAAGAAAAUAGCGACUUAUAACGAUCGUCAAUUUUCCUUCCUUCCAUCCAUCCGUUCAUUCAUUCAUCCAUAUCCAUAUCCACCCAAAAAAUCCUCUUCCUUUUUCGUUACGAUAAAUCAAUCGGUAAUAGAAGGUUUGAAAAGGGAAAAAUCUUGAUAAAGAUAAAAAGAGAAGACAGAGAAAGAAGAAGAAAGGAAGAAAGGAAGGAAGGAAGGAAGGAAAGAAGUAAGAAAGAAAAAGAAUAAAAGAAAAUAUGAGAAACGGCGGCCAACCGCAACAGACGGCAGUAAUGGCGCCACCACAUUUGAACGGUUCGGCGCAAUUUAUAUCCGGCGGUUAUGUCGGUUAUCUUCCCCGACAGUCCUGGGGCCAGUUUCAACCCUCUCAACAACAUCAACAACAACAGCAGCAACAACAACAUCAACAACAACACCACCACCACCACCACCAACAACAACAACAACAACAACAUUCGAGAAACGGAGGAAGACCUUUGUCGCAUCCACCACCGCCUCCACCACCCUCUAGAAGAGAGAGUCAAAGAGCCUGCGGUAAUGGUCCCGCCAAUACGAAGAACCCCUCUAAUCCGCAUUCCAGGGGCGGAACGCAUCGUAGCACCACCCCCUCGAAGGUGGACCCCGAGUUGAUAUUUACGAAACAAGAGCGCAUUGGUAAAGGUAGCUUCGGUGAGGUUUUCAAAGGUAUCGAUAAUAGGACACAACAAGUCGUUGCCAUUAAAAUCAUCGAUCUCGAAGAAGCGGAGGAUGAGAUCGAGGAUAUUCAGCAGGAAAUUAUGGUCCUGUCGCAGUGCGACAGUCCAUACGUUACCAAGUACUACGGGUCCUACCUCAAGGGUACGAAACUAUGGAUUAUCAUGGAGUACUUGGGUGGCGGUUCGGCUCUCGACUUGAUGAAGGCCGGCAGCUUCGAAGAAAUGCACAUUGCGGUAAUAUUGCGGGAGGUACUAAAAGGACUGGAUUAUCUUCAUAGCGAACGUAAGCUUCAUCGUGAUAUAAAAGCGGCGAACGUUUUGCUGAGCGAAAUGGGCGACGUCAAAUUGGCGGAUUUUGGUGUUGCUGGCCAACUUACUAAUACUACGAGCAAACGUAACACCUUCGUUGGUACUCCUUUUUGGAUGGCACCAGAAGUUAUCAAGCAAUCUGCUUAUGAUUCUAAAGCUGACAUUUGGUCCCUCGGCAUUACGGCGAUCGAACUGGCGAAAGGAGAGCCUCCUAACAGCGAGCUACAUCCCAUGAGGGUCCUUUUCCUCAUACCUAAGAACAAUCCACCACAGUUAACUGGGAAUUACACGAAACAGUUCAAAGAGUUCGUCGAGGCGUGCUUAAAUAAGGAUCCCGAGAACAGGCCAACGGCGAAGGAGCUUUUAAAGUUUCAAUUCAUAAGGAAGGCAAAGAAGAACUCGUACUUGAUCGACCUGAUUGACAGGUACAAGAAGUGGAAGUCACAACGAAGCGAAGAGUCCGAGACGGAGAGCGAGAAUUCAGACUCGGAGGAAUCAAAGCAAGAUAGCGACAUGGACGAGCCAUGGAUAAUGACAGUGAAGGGUCCACACGGAGUUAAAGGAUCCGUAGUACCUAUGUUGCCACUGGACGAGCAACCUACCUCGUUAACCGUGACUCACACACUGAAUCAUAGGUCCUCGAACCAUAAUCAACAAACGAAACCGCAUGCGAAUGGAGCUUCGCGAUCGCCACCUAAAGAAUCAACGUUGAAUCAUUACAGAAGUGAUUCCAGAGAUUCCCUACGUGACGGACAAAGCAAGCACACAACACCGUUGAGACCUCACGAAGCUGCACCACCACCACCGAUCGACACGCGAGAGAAAAGAGACGAGCGAGAUUUUCGCGAUUCCAGCAGAGAAUCAACUCUGAGGGAGCCAAAGGAAUUACGUGAUAGCAGGGAAAGGGAUAGGGAUGGUAGAGACAGGGAACGAGAUAGGGAAGGUAGAGAAAGGGGGGAUGCUGUUACGAGAGAUAAAAGAAACAGUAAACCGGACGUACCAGUGGUACCAAUGGUCGACCAUAGAUCUACCGAGGACAAGCAACAGCGACCAAGGAGUUCACAAGAACUUAAACACCCACGAAGCGCUGCCCUAUCGGCCGUAGUCUUGCCCCUUCUAUCAGAGCUCCAACGAAAGCACCAGUAUUCCGCGCGAGACAAUAACGGCGAAGGUGGAAGUGGCGUUGGAAAAAAUGGUGGCGCGAUAGAAGAACUACGUGGUGCCUUUGAAAUGGCUGAACGUACGUCUCCAGGAAUGACCGAAGCUCUUAUCAGGGAACUUCUUAAAUCAUUGCUUCCGGCCAAUCACUCGGAGGGUCGUCUAUCCAUGCUAAUGGAGAAAGUUAUAUUGAGGGAUACGUAGGGACGCGAGAGGUCGAAGGUUCGCAAGAGAUUGUGGUCCGAAAAUGUCCUGACAUUAUAAUCGUUCGUUACUUCUCUAUUAUCAAGCUUAUUUAUCACUCCGAGCCAGCUCAUCGUUAAAACGCCAUUUCCGAACUUGAAGAAAAGCUAUAGCAGAAACGAGGAUCGUCGUGAUUAAUAUACGAGUAUGCGUUUACAUCUUUUUAAAUAACUUUAAUGGCCGAAUUACAACGAAAUCUAUCGAACCUUUAUCUAAACGAAUUAAUCUAAAGAAGAAGAAAAAAAAAAACAAAAAAGAAAAA